AUGCUGGCUUCUACCCUGUUCAAGAUAGUCGCCGUCACGGCUUGCAGCGCUCCGGUGCUGGGCCGUGACCUUCGACUGGCCGGCGGCGCCAAGAACAUCGCCCGCUCCGUUUCCGACGACAACAGCCAUGCCGUCAAGGCCAGGGAUGUCUUCCACCGUCACGACGAUGGAAGGCUACCCUACAUCUGCGGCAUCCCAAUCCUCGGCCAGUACACCUCUGUGUGCAGAGCUCCCAAAUAUGCGCCUGUCAAGGGUACCCCUGGCGGCAAUGGCGCUAAUGGCGACGUUAAUAUAAUGAUUGGGUCGGGCAACACUUACACCGGCAACACUGUCGGAGCCACUCCUGCCGCUGGUGCCAACCCCGCCGCGGCUGGCGGUCUUGACAAUGCCAUCGGCGGCGCUUUGGGAGGCGCUCUGGGUGGUGGUGGUGCUGCAGGUGCUGCGCCUGCAGGAGGUGCUGCCGCCGCUGAUCCUUCUGCGCUCGGCGCUGCCAGUGGCCUCGGAGCCCCAGACGACGGUGCCGCCGGCGCCGACCCUGCUGCUGCUGGUGCUGGUGCUGGUGCGGGCGCUCCUCUCUCAGGUGCUCCUGGCUCUGCCGGCGCCCAAAGCCACCUUGGCGCCACUGCCGGUGCCCCUGGUGCCGCCUCUGGUGCCGCUGGUGCCGCCGGUGCCUAUGCUCCUGGUGCGGACGCCAUGGGGGCCGACCCCUCCAUGGCUGACUCUGCGGACGGUCCCGAUGCCGACCCUGCCGCGGGUGGCCCUUCUGCAGGUGCUCCAGGCUCCGCCGGCUCCAAAGCCGCCCUUUCUGCCGGCGCCGCUGCCGGUGGCCCCGCUGCCGGUGGCGCGGGAGCUGAUCCCUCCUCGGCUGAUCCUGCCAUGGCUGACGAUGCCGAAGCUAUGGGCGGCGCCGACCAAGGUGGCGCUGAACCUCCCUCGGGUGCUCCGGGUACCGCUGGCCCAAAAGGUCAUGAUACUGUGGGUGUCUCCAGGAGUCAAUCUUCUGCACGUGGCGCUGGCACUGACUCAUCCUCGCUUACCAAACGCACUUCAAAGGCUCAAACUCCCUCUACCACACAAGACACCAAGAUUCCCACGCACUGCCAUUUCUGGGUGACGGGCUGGAGCGGCCGUUGCCGGCGCCUGAAGAAGGAGAAAAAGGAUGCCACGAAGUUCGUAGAGGCCGCGGAGAAGCUGCAAAAGUCCAAGGACAAGACCGCCCAGCACGGCGACCAUGACAAGCGUAGCACUGGCACGCCCUUCCAUUGCCGUAUUCCUGGCAUCAAGAGCCUGAGCCCCACCUGCCUCGCCAUUAAGGAUGCCAAAGAAAGGGCUGUCGCCAGUGUCAUCGGUACCAAGACUCCCGUGAACCAGUUCAGCGCUGGUGGUAGCAACGCUGCCUAUGGUGCCAGCGGUGGCUAUGGUGCCAGCGGUGGCUAUGGUGCCAGCGGUGGCUAUGGUGCCAGCGGUGGCUAUGGUGCCAGCGGUGGUUAUGGUGCCAGCGGUGGUUAUGGUGCCAGCGGCGGCUAUGGUGCUAGCGGCGGCUAUGGUGACAGCACCGGCUAUGGUGCCAGCGGCGGCUAUGGUGCCGGCGCCGGCCAAAUGUACAAGCGUGCUAGCACGGCGGUCCCGCCCAGCUCUCAAGACCUCAACGAAAUGGGUCAACAGAAGCUGGAAUUGCAUUGCAGACUCGGCAACAUCAGCUGGCUCUUCCCUUCAUGCAGGAAGCUUGCCAAGGCCAACCAGGCGGCCAUCGAAAAAUCCAAGGCGGCUAAAGGUGGCUCAUACCCCAUGGGCGGCGAGGGUUCUGCGGCUGGCGCUGGCUAUGGCGGCGGUUACGGCGGCAGUUCUGAUAUGGCCAUGAGCGGCGGAGGUGAGGGUGGCGGUAUGGGUGGUGGUAUGGGUGGUGGUAUGGGAGGUGGCGCGGAUAUGGCCAUGGGCGGCGGUGGUAUGGGUGGCGAGGGUGCUCCCAUGGGGUCCGGCGGCGGCGGCUACUGA